CAGUUGGUCGACUUCUAGUGACGAGUAAACAGUGGUUAGAAUAGAAUCUAUUAAGAGCUUCUAUUGCUAAACUUGCGAAUAUCUGUCGAGAGAUGCGUGAAAAGUCGUCGGAUUUCCUGGAUAUUGGGGUGAAGCUUUGUGAAGUGUUGUGUGAAAAAUUGUUCUUUUGAGAACAAGUUGAGCAAUCAGAACCAUUUUAAAGUGAGGCAUAGAAGAGGCCUUGUGAAAGAUAAUUAAGCAGUGUAGAAAAAGACGAGGGUUCAUCCAAGGAUACAAAUUGGAUACUCCUUCGUUUCUGACUUCAACACUUUUUCUUGCCUCUUCUUUAGCUCCUAAUUGGAGGAGUUGAAAGCGAGAAAAAAAUUAAAUAUCUGCCAGGGCUUUCUUCCACUUCUGGCUUGCCGUAAGAUAUUAGAAUCAAUUUUGCCCAAGCCACAAUUCCAAUUUAAGACAAACUCUCACGCAUCGAGGCAGAAGACUUCUUCAGGCAUGUUCUCACUUUGGCGGCAAUAACUUGGCAGAGUCAGUGAAAUUGGAAGAAGAGUUUCCCACAAGGGAGAGUUUGAGAAUAACACGGGGGAACGCAAUAAAAUGUGAAUUGAGCCACUUAGCGUGACAAGUGUCGGGUGACAUGAUGAACUUGGGCGUGCAGAUUGUCAGUAACAGUGAUGCAGGGGGGUAUAUCUUUCACCAACGCCUUGCCGUGCUGCAUGCUAAUGUACUCCCAUCGUAUGCAAUCACAUCAGAUGCGACGGGUCCUGCACCAUCUUAAUCAUACCGGAAGGCUGAGAUAUCCGACACUCCCACGUAAAUCACCAUAAGCUCCCUCCCAAUGGACUUGUGGGGCGAGGACAGCCUCAUCAGUGUGACUCCUGGGGAGAACAGCACUCUGAACUGGUCGGGGGUGAUGAAUGGCAGCGAUACGCCAGUCAGAGAGAUGGGAUACUAUAGGAACAGCUGCCUUUAUGCUUACAAUCCCACAGACAACAUUAUAACUUUUCAGUUCUGGAUAUGUGGGAUUGUUCUCAACAUCGUAGGAGUCCUGGGUAUUCUAGGCAAUGUACUAUCCAUGGUGAUCUUAUCCCGACCUCAGAUGCGUUCCAGCAUCAACUACCUCUUGAUCGGACUGGCACGCUGUGACAUUGUCCUCAUUAUUACCUCCGUCCUGCUAUUUGGCAUUCCCAGCAUCUACCCCUAUACCGGGUAUCUCUUUUUUUAUCACUACUACAUCUAUCCCAAAAUAUCACCCUACGUCUUUCCCAUCGCAAUGGUCGCCCAGACGGCCAGCAUCUACCUCACCUUCACCGUCACCCUCGAACGCUUCGUUGCAGUCUGCCAUCCCCUGCAAGUUCGUGCCCUAUGCACUUAUGGUCGAGCUAAGCUCUAUGUUGCAGUUUGCAUAAUUUUUGCUCUUCUCUACAACCUACCACGUUUCUUUGAGGUGAGCGUUGACGAACACAUCUUCAGAGGUGGAGUCGUCUACUGCGUUACAGCAUCUGAAAUGCGUUCUGAUUCAUACUACAUCGAAAUAUACAUCCACUGGCUGUACUUAAUCUUUAUCUACGUUCUCCCCUUCAGUCAACUAGCCAUCCUCAAUUCCCUCAUCUACGCUCAAGUACGCCGAGCUAAUCGGGAACGUCAACGACUCAGUCGAACGGAAAAGCGCGAAAUCGGUCUAGCCACAAUGCUCAUUUGCGUGGUCAUUGUGUUCUUCCUGUGCAAUGUCCUCGCCAUGAUCAAUAACAUCAUGGAGGCAUUCUAUGACAAAACCAACGACUAUCUGGUAAACACAUCAAAUCUACUCGUCACCAUUAACUCCAGUGUCAACUUUAUCAUCUACGUAAUCUUUGGGGAAAAAUUCAAGAGGAUUUUUUUAACGCUAUUCUGCAAGGGACGCAUCGGUCGUGAAUCUCCAGAUGGUCUCAUCCAUGAUGACAGCUCCUUCUCGAAUGGAGAUGGGAACCACCGGAAUUCGGGACGAUUUCAGAGGCAUGGUACUACAAGAAGUAGUACAAGAAGCAAUGGGACAAGUCUCAGAAUUACGAGAUCCGUUCGGGUACGUGCUCCCUCGCCGGGUCCUUGUGUCUACUACCCUGCGAGGGACUUCAAGACUCGUGGAAGCCUGGUUACGAGGAGCGUCUCUGUGCAGAAUAGUGAUUGGGAUCGUGAUACUGUAGUAAAUGGCAAUGGCUUGGUGUCAACCACUGGCUUCUAAAAGAUAGAGACUUUGUAGUGUACAUAGUGUAAAAAAAAAAUGAUACAUCAGUCAAUCUAAGAGAUUUUAAGUGUUCUGUGAUGAUAUCACAUCGAGAUGUGUUACAAAAGGGUGACAGUGAUUCUACUCUUAAGAAGACACAUAACAUACGAAAGAUUUGAUGGGAUGAAAAGCUCUCGAGUAAAAAUAUUGUUUAAUCCUAUGGAAAAUCCCAUCAUCAGACAAGAAUAUUAAAGGACAAGAGGAAAAGCUUUUAUUGUGUCCCAAAAGCCAAUAAGAGAGAGUUUUUUUUUUGUAAAAAAAAUAGAAAGGACUGUGUGAGAAGUUUAAAUAGAAGAAAUAAAAUUAAGAGUUACAAAUUCACUGAAA